AUGGUGGCCCCCCACGGUGGUAUUUUGCAAGACCUUGUCGCUCGCGAUGCGGGCAUCAGAGACGAUCUCAUCAAAGAAACUGAAACCAAUCCCACGACCUGGUCCCUAACCGGAAGACAGAUCUGUGACCUGGAAUUGAUUCUAAACGGUGGGUUCUCCCCGUUGACCGGGUUCCUGGACCAGAAAAAUUACGAAAGUGUCGUUCACAAUUCUCGGCUUGCCAAUGGACUCGUGUGGACGAUCCCAAUCAACCUGGACGUCUCUGAAAGUUUCGCCAAAACGCUCAGCAAAGGUACUCGUAUCGUGCUGUUGCAAGAGGGCGAGAUUCCAAUCGCGAUUCUGACCGUUUCUGAUGUUUACAAGCCGGACAAGCAAGUCGAAGCCAAGCACGUGUUCCGCGGCGAUCCAGACCAUCCAGCUAUCAAAUAUUUGCUUGAUUCCGCCGGCGACUACUACGUGGGUGGUGAAUUGCAGGCCAUCCAACUUCCACACCAUUACGACUACACGGGGCUGCGUAAGACGCCUGCGCAGCUGCGUAACGAGUUUGAGACUAAGCAAUGGGACCGUGUUGUGGCUUUCCAGACGCGUAAUCCAAUGCACAGAGCCCACAGAGAAUUGACCGUGAGAGCCGCACGUGAGAGAAACUCUAAAAUUCUGAUUCAUCCGGUAGUUGGGCUCACGAAACCGGGCGAUAUCGACCACCACACUCGUGUGCGUGUUUAUCAAGAGAUCAUCAAGAGAUAUCCAAGCGGUAUGGCACAGCUUUCGUUACUUCCACUAGCGAUGCGUAUGGGUGGUGAUCGUGAAGCCGUGUGGCAUGCCAUUAUCCGUAAGAAUUACGGCGCUUCUCAUUUCAUUGUGGGCCGCGACCACGCAGGACCCGGUAAAAAUUCUAAGGGCACUGAUUUCUACGGCCCAUACGACGCCCAGGAGCUCGUAGAGACUUACAAGAACGAAUUGGGCAUCGAGGUUGUUCCCUUCAGAAUGGUUACGUACUUAGAGGAAGAAGACCGUUACGCUCCAAUUGACCAGAUCGACUUGUCGACUACCAAGACUUUGAACAUCAGCGGUACAGAGUUGAGGCGUCUACUUCGUGAUGGCGGCGCCAUCCCAGAAUGGUUCUCGUACCCUGAAGUCGUCAAGAUUUUGAGGGAAUCUAACCCACCUCGCGCCCAGCAGGGGUUCGCGAUCGUUUUCGAAGAAGGCUUGCCCAAUGCAUCUCAACUCGGCACUGCCUUGUUGUCCACAUUUUUGCAAUUCGGUGGUGCAAGGCACAUCAAGGUCUUAACCCACAUCGAGGACCCAAACGUGGUCGAAUUGGUGCCUGAUUUUAUCAGAAGCGGUGCUGGCUUGAUCAUUCCUCAAGACUUCAAAGACGCUGCAGAGCAGACCAACUCUUUCUACUUGGGCACCUCCGAGAGGGCCGCCAUCAAGCUUGGCGCUGGUGACGAAAAGAUUUCUCACAUUGUACAAAAGGUGGUCCUCUUCUUGGAAGACCAUGGGUUUUUCCAAUUCUAA